AUGAGACUCAGUCUCCUGUCAGAGCUCAGACCUGUGCGUGGAGCCUCUGCUCAGAACCUUUCGAGAAAAACCAGACACAGGCGAGUAAGUGUUGAUGCCCUGAGUGGAAGAUCAGACUUCAUUGAAGAUCAUUUGGAGAGGAAGCCAAACCCUGAGUGGCUGGAGAAGGAACUUCUAAGGAAAGAUCACAGGCGACAUUCAUUUGCUUUUGGAGACAAAGCUAAAUUUACUUCGCACCAUCAUGAUGUCAGUGGCCCCACUUCCACUGUCUCUAAUCUCAAGCUGGAGCAGAAGGUGUCCCUUGAAGAUCUCACCAAGCUGAAGUCAGCAUUUGAGGAGUUUGAAAAUGAUGGAAUCAGAUCUCUGGACUUCCCACAAUUCAGUCUGAUCAUUAAGAAGUGUUUGGGAUUGAGAAGCAUCAAUGAUGCCCAAAUCCAUCAGCUCUUCAUGAAGAUUGAUUACUCUGGACAAGGCAGCAUCGAGUGGGAUGAGUUCUGUACGUACAUGCAGUUGGAGUACACUGAAAAAGCCGAGUCAGUGAUUCGCACUAAGCAGGCGACCUUCUCACUUCCAGCGAUGAUUAAACCCCUGACUCUUGGUGAACCUGUUCUGAGGAUCCACCCCACACCUGAUGGUGCUUUAGUGACUGUGAGGGAAGAUGGAACAGUGAGCUACUGGAGCUCCAAACUACAGCUUAGGAAGAGUAAAAGAGUGUUUCAUGAAAGACCCAUUGGACGGAAGCCAAAGUGGGCGACAGAUUUUAUCACCAUGCCGCAGUACAACAAGCUGAUCGUCGGAACAGGGGACCGUGAAAUCCAGCUGUACGAGCUUUCGUCCCUGGAGCCUUAUUGCCAAGUGAACUCACUGGAAACUGUGCCUCUCAAAUUAGACUACUGCUAUACCGGUCCUGAUCAAUGUGCCAUUGUGUACGGAGACAUUCAGGGCUGUGUGAAUAUCAUACUAAUGACAUCAGUAGGUGAGACCCUGAGAUUGUGGAAGAAAUUGCCGAAGGUUGAAAAUGUUCCCAGCAUUAGCAUUGAUAAUGCAGUACUGUCUCCACAUGUGACCUUCAUUAGAUGGAAAGUCCACCAGGACUGGGUAACAAAGGUGAAAUAUUUCCACAGCAUUCCUGCCAUUGUCUCCACAUCUAACCAUGAAGCCUCUGCUCUUGUUAUUGGCUGCAUCCUUCCGUCCACGAACGUCGAGCAGCAGUUGAGAGAGAUUAAGGAACUGUGUGAGAAUAAACCCAAGAAAGUGGCACCUGGUAUCAGCAGCCCUCAGGCGAGGGCACAAGGUGACCAGACUGUCUUCUCUAUUUAUAAAGGAGUGAUGACCUUUGACCUGUGUAGGAAGCAUAACUUGCUGGUGACUGGAGGACUGGACCGGCUUAUACGCCUGUGGAAUCCUUAUGUUUCUGGGAGGCCCACAGGAAUUCUGAAAGGUCAUCUGGCUCCUAUUUCAUACCUCUGUAUCUCCUCCGAGGAUGGACGUAUCUUCUCCGUAUCCACAGACAACACCGCUAAGAUAUGGGACAUUAAGGAUCAGUGCUGUUUGUUCACUGCGCACCCGAAGGCGAGUUGGUUGCGUGGAGAGCCGUCAGCCUGUCUGUAUUCGGCGGCGGUGAAGAGCCUGUAUAUCGCCACCGAUUCACUCGCCCUGCUCGCCCUCAAAACCAAAUUACAGCCCCAGGGAGGCUACGUCACGUCCCAUAAGGAGCCGGUGCUGUGCUGCGGGUACAGCCGUGAGUUUCAGCAGGUUGUGAGCUGCACCGAAGCCUCGGUAAUAAAAGUCUGGGAUGUGGACACAGGAAGUCAGGUGUUUGAGUACGGAGGUGCUCACGGACUCUCUGCUAUAACCUGUAUGAGCUUCGAUCCUAAAGGACGAAGACUUGUAACAGGUGGAAGAGACGGCUGUCUGAAAAUCUGGAACUUCAACAACGGCCACUGUCUGAAGAUCCUGAGUCGAGAAGGUGAGAGUGAUGAGAUCUGCGACUGCUCCUAUCUGCAAGUGCACAGAAACUCAUUUGUGAUGUCGGUAGGCUGGGGUCGGAGGAUUGACGUUUACCUAGACGCACCAGACGACACCCAUCACAUUCAAAGACCACAGUCCCCCUGGCCGGAGGAUCUGAGUAAAGGACAUAGAGAGGACAUCCUGUGCAUCAGUCACUGCCCUCCGUAUCUGAUCGCCACGGGAAGCUACGACGGAGAGAUCAUCGUGUGGAACAUGGUAUCAGGACACAUCCAGUGUCGCUUUCAGACACCUCUGCCUCCACAUGCAGACCCUACUCAUGUUGUGGACAGAAGUGUACAAAGCCUUGUCUUUUUAAAGACUCGAACACAAGAUCCUGUAGCUGCUUCCCUCGUGUCCUCAGGUGUCCACGGUUCUGUAAAUUUCUGGAACAUUCUAAAUGGAGGGAAAUUUUAUACCUCUUUUAAAGCAUCCAGACUGCAGCAGCAGAUCACGAAACUGGACGUCACACAGGAUGAUCGAUUGCUCUUUGCCGCAGAUCAGACAGGCUACGUCUACGUUUACAAUAUCAAGGAGUGCGCCCUCAGCCCAGAACAAAAACCUCAGAAAGUUGUGAACUUUUGGCGAGCACACAUUGGCAGCAUUACUGGCUUACAGAUAAUUGAGAACGAUCAAGUACUGCUCACUUGCUCGACCGACUGCACCGUGAGGUUAUGGAGUGUCCACGGAGAGUUUAUAGGUACAUUUGGGCAGCCUGAGCGAUGGAAUCUCCAUACCGCAUCAUCGUGGAGGCACCCUGCUGUCCCCUAUGAGGUUCUUGUAGAUCCUCUGAGCAUGCCUGAUCUCUCACGGCUGGACGACAGGUCAACUUUACCAGAUGUUCUCAGUUCGGAAAAGAAUGUGGGCACCAGCAGUGAGGUACAAAGCGUGAAGGAUUAUAUAUUUAUAUGUAAGAACAGUUUAUUCCGAUCAGGGCCACUGGAGGUCUGGAGUCCACCCGGAGACACUGGAAAUAAAAGCCAAUCGAUUGCAGAGAGAGAGACAGACAGACAGAACGGACCUGACUUGUCUGAUUCCCUCCACAAGGUCAGAUCUCCUCUAUUAAGCUCCAGCAAUGGAGAUACCGUGGACGAGAUUAACGCAGCUCCUUGUCCUGAACACGGAAAGUGGUUUCGCCAUGAAAUAUUCAUGCAGUCUAACAAGCCUCUGAACUACAGCGGCCCCAAGGCUUACCACAUGCUGAGGUAUUUUGAGGUUGUCGACGCCCCUGCUACAUGUAAAAAGCCGGACCUCUCCCUGGCAGUGGUCGACCCCUUUAUUGGCAGCUCAGGUAACAAGGAGACAGCGGGAAUUUAAAUGAGACCUGACUCGAUUUAAAGGAUUUUGUCCUCAAAUUAGAAGCCAGCACACGAAGUGGAGAACUUUUUCUGAAGGAAUCUGUGCUUUACGGUAACUUUUGUGGUCAAAUGUGGACUGGGCAUCAAUCCAUCACACAGCAAUACAGACGUACGUAUUCCUUCACUUACAACUAGGAAUGAUUUAAAGCAGCCAUGUAACUUAUCCAUGUUUUUGGGAGGUGGGAGAAAACCAGAGUACCUAAAGGAUCAAACCCAGAUUCUGGAGUCCCCAGAACCCAUGUUGCUGACAUUCAAUCCCUUGAUCCCCUUUCUGAGCUCAGGCUUAACUGAAGUUGCAUGACGCAGAGAAGAAAGGUGUAGUGUGCACUGUUCAAAGUAUUUUUGGAAGAACAAACAUCAUAUAGAACAUCAAGAGGAAAAGCACCGACACAAAGUUUAAAAGCUAGUGUAACACAGUAUGAGGGUGUGUUAGCGCCAAUCACAUGGGCAACUUGCACAUCACUAAAGGUACGAUUAAUGCUGAAGGGAUGUUCAUGCCGAGGCACAUUCUCUUACAACUGCAAAGCUUUACAGAAAGGGAAAACAGGUGCUAGACUGGCCUGUCUGUAGUCCAGACCCAUCUCAUAUUGAAAAUGUGUAGUGCAUAGUGACUCCUGGCUUAACUUUGUUGCUGCCAUCAAUUUCAGAAUGAGCAAACAUAUACAAAAACAAUCAAACUGAUUAGUUAAAACUAUAAAUAUAUUGUGCUUGUAUUUUUAAAUAAAUGCAGAUCAAAAACAA